AUGGAAGAAUGCAAACCAGAUGCCAUCAAUGACCACUUCACCGAGGGGGACCUCAAGAACAUAUUCCAGUUGCUUGAGGAGAAGAUAAUCGACUUUGUGAGGAAUGAGCUGAAGAGAUUCAAGAAGAUCCUGAGUCCAGAUUACCAAGAAAACUUUGAGGCUAAAGAGCAGGAUGAGAGUGAUGCCAGAGAAGGGGCUCUCAAGAUGGCACUGCACUUCCUGAGGAACAUGAAGCAGAAACAUAUCGCUGACAAACUGCAAGAAAAUGAACAGGAUGUAGUUUGUCAAACUGAGCUGAAGAGAAAUACCAAGAUUAAGUACCAGAGUGUGUUUGAAGGAAUACCCAUCCAAGGGAGCUCUGCUCUGCUGGAAAAGAUCUACACAGAGGUCUACAUCACAGAGGGAGGAAGUGGAAAAGUAAAUGAGGAGCAUGAAGUCAGGCAGAUUCAGUCCAUCUCCAAGAGACCUGCUGGACAGGAGACACCAAUCAAAUGUAGAGAUAUCUUUAAGCCCUUACCUGGCCAAGACCAACCAAUCAAAAGUGUCAUCACAAAGGGAGUAGCUGGCAUUGGCAAAACUGUCUCAGUUCAGAAGUACAUUCUGGACUGGGCUGAAGGAAAGGAAAACCAGGAUGUCCACUUCAUCUUUCCACUGCCUUUUCGGGAGCUCAACAGCAUGAAAGAAAAUCAGCUCUCUUUGAUGGAUCUUCUCCAAACCUUUUUCUCAGAAACGAAGCAGUUAACUUUUCUCAGCCAGGAGAAGUACAAAGUGUUGUUUAUCUUUGAUGGUCUGGAUGAAUGCAGACUCCAACUAGACUUUCAGAAAAAUGACAUUUUGACUGAAGUGACAACAGCCACUUCAUUGGAUGUUCUGCUGACAAAUCUCAUCAAGGGUAAUCUACUUCCCUUUGCCCUCCUCUGGAUCACGUCUCGACCAGCAGCAGCCAAUCAAAUUCCUCCGCAGAAUGUUGACCGGGUCACAGAAGUACAAGGAUUCAGUGACUCUCAGAAGGAGGAGUACUUCAGGAAGAGAAUCUGUGAUCAGACUCUUGCCAACAAAGUCAUCUCUCACAUUAAAUCAUCAAAAAGCCUCCACAUUAUGUGCCACAUACCAGUGUUUUGCUGGAUUGCUGUUACUGUACUUGAAGACGUUCUCAAGAAUGAAAGCGGAAAGCAAGUUCCAAAGACUUUGACAGAGAUGUACACAUAUUUCCUUGUUUUUCAAACCAAGCAAAAGAGUCUAAAGUUUGAUGGAGUAUAUGACACAGAUCCGCAGUGGAACCGAGCUAGUGUCCUUGCUCUUGGAAAGUUGGCCUACGAGCAGCUGGAGAAAGGCAACCUGAUCUUUGAUGAAGACGACCUGAGAGAGAGUGGUAUUGAUGUCAGAGAGGCAGCAGUACAAAGUGGCAUUUGCACCCAAAUAUUUCGAGAAGAGUCGGGCCUUCAUCUGGAGAAGUUGUACUGUUUUGUUCAUCUGAGCAUCCAGGAGUAUUUUGCAGCUUUGUAUGUGAUCCUGAUGUUAAUAACUGAAGGAAUAGAUCUCAUGUCCCCACAGGAAGCCUCCAGAACAGUCCAAAGACCAGAGCACAGAGCCAUGACCACCUUACAGAAGAAUGCUGUGGACCAAACCAUGAAACACGAAGAUGGACGCUUUGAUCUUUUCCUACGUUUCCUUCUUGGCCUCUCUCUGGAAUCCAAUCAGAGACUCCUACGUGGCCUACUGCAGAAAGCACAAGAUGAAGGCAAAGUAGAAAUAUGCAUCUACAUUAAAUCAAAGAUCAGGGCAAUUCCAUCAUCAGAAAGAGUUAUCAACCUCUUCCACUGUCUGAAUGAAGUCAAUGAUCACUCCUUAGUGAAGGAGGUCCAGAGCUUUCUAAGUGCAGGGACACUUUCUGCAGCCAACCUCUCAUCCACACAGUGGUCAGCUCUCGUGUUUGUGCUUCUGAUAUCAGAAGAAAAGCUGGAUGUUUUUGACUUGAAGAAGUACCUUAGGUCUGAUGAAUGUCUCCUAAAGCUGCAGCCAGUAGUGGAGGAAUCCCAAAAGGCCCUCCUGUAUGACUGCAGUAUUGGAGAGAACGGCUUCAGAGAUCUUGCAUCAGCACUGAGAUCAAACCCCUCACACAUGAGAGAGCUGUGGCUGAGUGUGAAUAAAGCAGGAGACUCAGGAGUGAAGCAUCUUUCUUCUCUUCUGGAGGAUCCCAACUGUAAACUGGAGAAACUAGUCCUGUCAUACUGCAGUAUUGGAGAGGAAGGCUUCAGAGCUCUUGCAUCAGCGCUGAGAUCAAACCCCUCACACAUGAGAGAGCUCCAGCUGAGUGAGAAUAAAGCAGGAGACUCAGGAGUGAAGCAUCUUUCUUCUUUUCUGGAGGAUCCCAACUGUAAACUGGAGAAACUACACCUGUCAUACUGCAGUAUUGGAGAGAAAGGCUUCAGAGCUCUUGCAUCAGCACUGAGAUCAAACCCCUCACACAUGAGAGAGCUGCAGCUGAGUGGGAAUAAAGCAGGAGACUCAGGAGUGAAGCAUCUUUCUUCUCUUCUGGAGGAUCCCAACUGUAAACUGGAGACACUACAUCUGGUUGACUGCAGUAUUGGAGAGGAAGGCUUCACAGCUCUUGCAUCAGCACUGAGAUCAAACCCCUCACACAUGAGAGAGCUGCAGCUGAGUGGGAAUAAAGCAGGAGACUCAGGAGUGAAGCAUCUUUCUUCUCUUCUGGAGGAUCCCAACUGUAAACUGGAGAAACUACACCUGGUUAACUGUAGUAUUGGAGAGGAAGGCUUCAGAGCUCUUGCAUCAGCACUGAGAUCAAACCCCUCACACAUGAGAGAGCUGCAGCUGAGUUAUAAUAUAGCAGGAGACUCAGGAGUGAAGCAUCUUUCUUCUCUUCUGGAGGAUCCCAACUGUAAACUGGAGAAACUACACCUGUAUGAUUGCAGUAUUGGAGAGGAAGGCUUCAGAGCUCUUGCAUCAGCACUGAGAUCAAACCCCUCACACAUGAGAGAGCUGCAGCUGAGUGACAAUAAAGCAGGAGACUCAGGAGUGAAGCACAUUUUUUCUCUUCUGGAGGAUCCCAACUGUAAACUGGAGAAACUACACCUGAAUAGCUGCAAUAUUGGAGAGGAAGGCUUCAGAGCUCUUGCAUCAGCACUGAGAUCAAACCCCUCACACAUGAGAGAGCUGCAGCUGAGAUGGAAUAAAGCAGGAGACUCAGGAGUGAAGCAUCUUUCUUCUCUUCUGGAGGAUCCCAACUGUAAACUGGAGACACUACACCUGCAUAACUGCAGUAUUGGAGAGGAAGGCUUCAGAGCUCUUGCAUCAGCACUGAGAUCAAACCCCUCACACAUGAGAGAGCUGCAGCUGAGUGGGAUUAAAGCAGGAGACUCAGGAGUGAAGCAUCUUUCUUCUCUUCUGGAGGAUCUCAACUGUAAACUGGAGACACUACACCUGCAUAACUGCAGUAUUGGAGAGGAAGGCUUCAGAGCUCUUGCAUCAGAACUCAGAUCAAACCCCUCACACAUGAGAGAGCUGCAGCUGGGUUUGAAUAAAGCAGGAGACUCAGGAGUGAAGCAUCUUUCUUUUCUUCUGGAGGAUCCCAACUGUAAACUGGAGAAACUACACCUGCAUAACUGCAGUAUUGGAGGGGAAGGCUUCAGAGCUCUUGCAUCAGCACUGAGAUCAAACCCCUCACACAUGAGAGAGCUGCAGCUGGGUGAGAAUAAAGCAGGAGACUCAGGAGUGAAGCAUCUUUCUUUUCUUCUGGAGGAUCCCAACUGUAAACUGGAGACACUACACCUGUAUAAGUGCAGUAUUGGAGAGGAAGGCUUCAGAGCUCUUGCAUCAGCACUGAGAUCAAACCCCUCACACAUGAGAGAGCUGCAGCUGAGUGGGAAUAAAGCAGGAGACUCAGGAGUGAAGCAUCUUUCUUCUCUUCUGGAGGAUCCCAACUGUAAACUGGAGAAACUACGCCUGUAUAAGUGCAGUAUUGGAGAGGAAGGCUUCAGAGCUCUUGCAUCAGCACUGAGAUCAAACCCCUCACACAUGAGAGAGCUGCAGCUGAGUGUGAAUGAAGCAGGAGACUCAGGGGUGAAGCAUCUUUCUUCUCUUCUGGAGGAUCCCAAUUGUAAACUGGAGAAACUACACCUGGAUAACUGCAGUAUUGGAGAGGAAGGCUUCAGAGCUCUUGCAUCAGCACUGAGAUCAAACCCCUCACACAUGAGAGAGCUGCAGCUGGGUUUGAAUAAAGCAGGAGACUCAGGAGUGAAGCAUCUUUCUUCUCUUCUGGAGGAUCCCAACAGUAAACUGGAGAAACUACACAUGUAUAAGUGCAGUAUUGGAGAGGAAGGCUUCAGAGCUCUUGCAUCAGCACUGAGAUCAAACCCCUCACACAUGAGAGAGCUGCAGCUGAGUGUGAAUGAAGCAGGAGACUCAGGAGUGAAGCAUCUUUCUUCUCUUCUGGAGGAUCCCAACUGUAAACUGGAGACACUAGACCUGUAUGACUGCAGUAUUGGAGAGGAAGGCUUCAGAGCUCUUGCAUCAGCACUGAGAUCAAACCCCUCACACAUGAGAGAGCUGCAGCUGAGUGUGAAUGAAGCAGGAGACUCAGGAGUGAAGCAUCUUUCUUCUCUUCUGGAGGAUCCCAACUGUAAACUGGAGAAGCUACACCUGUCAGACUGCAGUAUUGGAGAGGAAGGCUUCAGAGCUCUUGCAUCAGCACUGAGAUCAAACCCCUCACACAUGAGAGAGCUGCAGCUGAGUAGGAAUAAAGCAGGAGACUCAGGAGUGAAGCAUCUUUCUUCUCUUCUGGAGGAUCCCAACUGUAAACUGGAGAAACUAGUCCUGGAUAUCUGCAGUAUUGGAGAAGAAGGCUUCAGAGCUCUUGCAUCAGCACUGAGAUCAAACCCCUCACACAUGAGAGAGCUGCAGCUGAGUGGGAAUAAAGCAGGAGACUCAGGAGUGAAGCAUCUUUCUUCUCUUCUGGAGGAUCCCAACUGUAAACUGGAGACACUACACCUGUCAUGCUGCAGUAUUGGAGAGGAAGGCUUCAGAGCUCUUGCAUCAGCACUGAGAUCAAACCCCUCUCACAUGAGAGAGCUGCAGCUGAGUUGGAGUAAAGCAAGAGACUCAGGAGUGAAGCAUCUUUCCUCUCUUCUGGAGGAUCCCAACUGUAAACUGGAGAAACUACACCUGGAUGACUGCAGUAUUGGAGAGGAAGGCUUCAGAGCUCUUGCAUCAGCACUGAGAUCAAACCCCUCACACAUGAGAGAGCUGCAGCUGAGUAGUAAUUAUGAAGCAGGAGACUCAGGAGUGAAGCAUCUUUCUUAUCUUCUGGAGGAUCCCAACUGUAAACUGGAGAAACUACUCCUGAAUAACUGCAGUAUUGGAGAGGAAGGCUUCAGAGCUCUUGCAUCAGCACUGAGAUCAAACCCCUCACACAUGAGAGAGCUGCAGCUGGGUUGGAAUAAAGCAGGAGACUCAGGAGUGAAGCAUCUUUCUUCUCUUCUGGAGGAUCCCAACUGUAAACUGGAGAAACUACACCUGCAUAACUGCAGUAUUGGAGAGGAAGGCUUCAGAGCUCUUGCAUCAGCACUGAGAUCAAACCCCUCACACAUGAGAGAGCUGCAGCUGAGUGUGAAUAAAGCAGGAGACUCAGGAGUGAAGCAUCUUUCUUCUCUUCUGGAAGAUCCCAACUGUAAACUGGAGAAACUACACCUGGAUAACUGCAGUAUUGGAGAGGAAGGCUUCAGAGCUCUUGCAUUAGCACUGAGAUCAAACCCCUCACACAUGAGAGAGCUGCAGCUGAGUAGGAAUAAAGCAGGAGACUCAGGAGUGAAGCAUCUUUCUUAUCUUCUGGAGGAUCCCAACUGUAAACUGGAGAAACUAAACCUGCAUAACUGCAGUAUUGGAGAGGAAGACUUCAGAGCUCUUGCAUCAGCACUGAGAUCAAACCCCUUGCACAUGAGAGAGCUGCAGCUGAGUGUGAAUAAAGCAGGAGACUCAGGAGGGAAGCAUCUUUCUUCUCUUCUGGAAGAUCCCAACUGUAAACUGGAGAAACUACACCUGGAUAACUGCAGUAUUGGAGAGGAAGGCUUCAGAGCUCUUGCAUCAGCACUGAGAUCAAACCCCUCACACAUGAGAGAGCUGCAGCUGAGUAGGAAUAAAGCAGGAGACUCAGGAGUGAAGCAUCUUUCUUCUCUUCUGGAGGAUCCCAACUGUAAACUGGAGAAACUAGUCCUGCAUAACUGCAGUAUUGGAGAGGAAGGCUUCAGAGCUCUUGCAUCAGCACUGAGAUCAAACCCCUCACACAUGAGAGAGCUGCAGCUGAGUGUGAAUAAAGCAGGAGACUCAGGAGUGAAGCAUCUUUCUUCUCUUCUGGAAGAUCCCAACUGUAAACUGGAGAAACUACACCUGGAUAACUGCAGUAUUGGAGAGGAAGGCUUCAGAGCUCUUGCAUCAGCACUGAGAUCAAACCCCUCACACAUGAGAGAGCUCCAGCUGAGUGGGAAUGAAGCAGGAGACUCAGGAGUGAAGCAUCUUUCUUCUCUUCUGGAGGAUCACAACUGUAAACUGGAGAAACUAUUACUGUCAUACAGCAGUAUAACAGAUGAAGGUUUCAGAGCUUUAGCAUCAGCACUGAGAUCAAACCCAUCAGCCCUCAGAGUGCUCGAGCUGUAUGGGAAUCAGCUUGGACCCUCAGCACAGCAGCUGUUCUGUGAGCUGAAGAAACAUCCAAACUGUAAACAUCUACAAAUAUAUGGACCCUACUGAAUUCAUCCUGUUGUGUUCCACCUGAAUCAUGUUUUUACACUGUGCAUAAAUAAGUGUUGCAGCACAUUCAUAUUUGAACUAAUAUGUUUUAAAGUGACCUAUGUAAAUACAACAAUUGUAAGUAAUAUUGUAUAGAGGAUGUUUUGAAUAUAAAAACAU